CGUUCCUCAGCUGAUGUGACAUAAAGCUCCAGAUGAAAGUUGCUGAGGUUCAGUUCUUCUCUCUCUCAGGUACAGCGUGUGAUGGAACCUGCACCAGUAUGACUUCCACCACUGAUAGAACUCCAGUGGCUCUUCCCCGGGAGCUCGCGCAGAACCCACUGCAUAAGACAUGGAUCCCCUGCAAGAACGGACUUCCGGAAGCGCACAUUUCUCAGAGGAGAGUUUGCAUGACUAACUGUCCCACCCUCAUAGUGACUGUGGGGUUGCCAGCGAGAGGGAAAACCUAUAUCUCAAAAAAACUCACUCGGUACCUAAACUGGAUUGGUGUUCUGACUAAAGAGUUUAAUGUUGGACAGUACCGGAGGGAGUGUAUGAAGGUCUACAGGAAUUUCGAAUUUUUCUCUCCUGAUAAUGAAGAGGGACUCAAGAUCAGGAAACAGUGUGCCUUGGCAGCUCUGAAUGAUGUGAGACAGUUCCUCAGUGAGGAUGCAGGUCAUGUGGCUGUGUUUGAUGCCACGAACACCACGAGGGAGAGGAGGAGGACGAUCAUGAGGUUUGCUGAACAAAAUGGUUACAAGGUGUUUUUUAUUGAGUCGGUGUGUGAAGAUCCAGAGAUUAUCGCUCAGAACAUUGUGCAGGUGAAGUUGAACAGUCCUGAUUAUGUAGACUGUAACACUGAGGAGGCGGUUCAGGACUUUAUGAAGAGGAUCAGAUGUUAUGAGAACUCGUACGAGCCACUGGACGAGGUGAUGGACAGGGAUCUGUCCUACAUAAAGGUGAUGGAUGUGGGGAUGAGGUAUUUAGUAAACCGUGUGAUGGACCACAUUCAGAGCCGCAUCGUUUAUUACCUGAUGAAUAUUCACAUCACUCCUCGCUCUAUCUACCUCUGUCGCCAUGGCGAGAGCAAACUCAACAUCCGAGGACGCAUCGGAGGCGAUUCGGGUCUGUCACCCCGCGGCAAGCAGUUUGCGGUGUGUUUGGGGAAAUUCAUUCAGGAACAAAACAUAAAGGAUCUGAAAGUUUGGACAAGUCAGAUGAAAAGAACCAUCCAGACAGCAGAGGCUCUCGAUGUCCCAUAUGAACAGUGGAAAGCUCUCAAUGAGAUUGAUGCUGGUGUGUGUGAGGAGAUGAUGUAUGAGGAGAUACAGGAACAUUAUCCUCUGGAAUUUGCACUUCGGGAUCAGGAUAAGUUCCGAUACCGCUAUCCUAAAGGAGAGUCCUAUGAGGACUUGGUGCAGCGUUUGGAGCCUGUGAUUAUGGAGUUGGAGAGGCAGGAGAAUGUCCUGGUGAUCUGUCAUCAGGCCGUCAUGCGCUGCCUCCUCGCCUACUUCCUGGACAAAAGCUCAGAUGAGUUGGCGUAUCUGAAAUGUCCCUUACACACCGUGCUGAAGCUCACACCUGUGGCUUAUGGGUGUAAAAUUGAGUCGGUGAGUCUAAAAGUGGAGGCAGUGAACACACACAGAGACAAACCUGAGCAGAAUGUGGAUGUUUCUCGUCUGGCCAAGGAGGCGCUGCUCACUGUCCCUACACACCAGUGAAGUCGCUCACACACACACACACACACACUCAAACACAAACACUAUCUUUCUCUCUCUCUCUCUCUCUCUCUCU